GAAAGCGAAACGCGGGCGAGAUAAGGAGGGCGGGUGGGGGUACAGGGGGUUCCAUUUUUGUUCAAUUUUAUUUGUUUCCGAUCGAAUAAUCAUCCGACGACGGAUUGUUUUGCUACUCCAUGGAAUCUAAACCCGUUUCUGACGCCGACAACGAUGCUCGGAUGGUAGGCUCUGAUUUUGAGGCGGCGGAAACCCUCGCCGGACUGGCCGCCGUGGUUGGAGGAGAAUCGAGGUCGACUUCCGCCGCUUAUCGAUCUCAGGAUCAAGCCAUAGCUGUCCAACAGUUUUGUGGAAAUACAUCUACUGUGGUUACAGGUGUUUUAGAAACUAAUGAAACUGUUAGUAUUGUACCCAGUCAGCCGUGCAGUACAAGUUAUCCAUCAAACUCUACCUGCAAAUCGAGACCAGGUUUGACGAAGGCCGAGAAGGAAGCGCGAAGGAUUCGUCGUGUCUUAGCAAAUAGAGAAUCUGCCCGGCAAACUAUUCGUCGCAGACAGGCAACAUACUUAGAGUUUACCAAGAAAGCAGCUGAUCUCACUCAGGAGAAUGAAAGUCUGAAGAAGGAAAAGGAAUUGGCGAUGAAGGAGUACAAGUCUUUGAAAGAUAGAAAUGCAGAUCUCAAAAUUGAGCUGUCUAAAUUGAAAAAACCCGAGCCAAAAGAAGCGCAAGAAGAGCCAAAGUCGACUUGCGGAGAAAGAGUUAGCUCCGCCACUAUGAGCGCCCCAUUCCUUCCGUAUAACCACCACCCGGUUUUCGUUCCCUUCCUCUUGCCCUCGGUUGUUCCAUCUUCAAAUGUUUUCCCGUUUCCAUAUAGCGACGCACCAUCUAUUCAAGACGGACAAAGAAUUUUCUCGGCCACGACUGGAUCGGGUAGCCCGAUGUUUGUCCUACCAGUACCUUGCCUGCUUCCCUGUCUCGGCCAUGGGAGUACACUUCACUCCUGCUCUGAUACCAACCGGACACCACCGAGCAAAAACCAGUCGACUCAUCAAUGCAGUGUAGCUCUAUCUUACCAGUCAUCAUCCUCCCGAAACACAGCCGCGGACACAUCUAAUUCGACAAAAGCUGUCUCAGCCGGGAGUGGCGAUCAGUACGGCAAAGCCCAUCAUCAUCGAAGUCGUCGUCUUGGUACUGCCCUAGAUCUCAAUCUCAGACCUGGCAGAAAUUCCGCGGGGGAUGGCACCAAUGAUCCAUCAUCGAAGAUGGAUCGAGAGAGAGGCGUCUGCCACCACAAGAAAGUGGAGGAUGUCGUCGCGGCAACCAAUGCCCGGAAGAGAAGGAAGGAACUGAUGACGCUGAAGAACGUCCGGCUCCCUCACCAUCAUCCCGGUUGGCAAAACAGCCCUGACUUUUGAGGACUAAUAUGCAGUGACCUAGCCAGCCAGCCAACACGCCAAGUAGCCGGAAUCUUGAACCUUGUCGGAGCUGCCUACAGUCGUCGGCGCGCGCGAGAGCAGUCCC